AUGUCUGAAACUCUUGACAAGACCCAAACCGGCAAACAUACCCUUGAUGUGGAAGAAAAGGGCCAGUGUCAUCACCUCGAGAAGCAUGACACGCAAAUCUUGACCGGGGUCGAUGACACAGGUGCGCACAGCAAGAUCGAUCCUGCGGAGAUCAAGCUCGUGCGCAAGCUUGACCGGAUUAUCCUUCCUAUGCUUUGGAUUAUGUACUGGUUCAAUUAUCUUGAUCGCAAUGCCAUCACUGUUGCUCGACUGGACGACUUUGAGAAGGAGCUCAACCUGACUUCUACAGAGUAUCAAACAUGUGUUUCGAUUCUCUUUGUUGGGUACAUUCUCGGACAGAUCCCAUCCAAUAUGCUCAUGACCCGAAUCCGACCUUCGUUUUUUAUGUCAGGGGCUAUGUGCCUUUGGGCAGUUGUGAGCACUCUCACUGCUAUCUGUCACAACUUCAAAGGGCUCCUCCUUACGCGAUUCUUCCUUGGCGUCACCGAAGCCCCAUUUUACCCCGGAGCGCUCUAUAUGCUUUCGAUAUUUUAUACUCGAAAAGAGAUUGCCACCCGCAUCUCUAUUCUCUUCACUGCCAAUAUCUGUGGAACUGCAUUCGCGGGUCUCAUAGCUAUCGGCGUUUUCAAGAUGAGUGGAGUUGCUGGUCUUUCAGGUUGGAGAUGGCUUUUCAUCAUUCAAGGAAUCAUCACAUUCGUCAUCUCCAUUUCCUCGGCUUGGAUCUUGCCUGAUGAGCCAAUCAAGACCCGUUGGCUUACAGCAGAGGAACGUCAGCUGGCACAUGAUAGAAUUGCCGCCGAUACUGUCCAGUUACGAUCAAACACUACAACCGUUGCCGGGCUUCUCGAUGCUUGCAAGGAUCCUCGGCUCUGGGUUCUUGUUUUCAUGCAACACUUCCAUAUGGCUGCCAGUAACUUCAAGAACUUCUUCCCUACCAUUGUGGGAACACUUGGAUUUGACCGCAAUACUACCCUCGCUCUUACCUGCCCUCCAUAUAUCGUGUCGGGUAUCGUCUGUAUCGCAUGGGCCGCAAACUCAGGACGAAUGAACGAAAGAACCUGGCAUAUUACCCUUGCCAAAGUUAUGGCUGUCUUUGGCUUUAUCUUGGCCUGCACAGUUCAUAACACCGGUGCUCGUUACUUUGCUAUGUGCGUCUUUGCCAGCGGGGUUUACGCUUGUAACAGUGUCAUCCUCGGUUGGGUUGCUAGCACAUGUGGUCAAACAAAGGAAAAGAAGGCCAUUUCUUUAGCCAUGGCAAAUACUAUUGCCACUCUUGGACCCAUCUAUACACCAUAUCUCUGGCCAAGUUCGGAUGCGCCUAUGUACCCCGUUGCCAUGUCUAGCAGUGCUGCUUUCUCAGCUGCUUCAGCUUUGUUGGCUUGGGUUCUUAGGUGGAUGUUGAUUAGGGAGAACCGCAAGAUCAGACAGUCGAACAAUGAGGAAAGAUUGUUCUACGCAUACUAG